GCUCACGUUCAACUCAAUUUCCCACCUACCUUCACCAACAUGUCAAUCGACCACCAGCAGCCAUGGUAGAUACUCCCAGAAAAGCUCUUGCGCGUUCUCAUCACCGGUCAUCAGAGAGGCCAGAAGUAAUCUGCCCCAGAACGUGCCACGGUGGCGGCCUGGCGCGCAGGCGGCUCAAGUGUGCGGGGGUUUGCUAGGUGAUUCGAGUGCUCGCCGCCGUUGGUGGUUACAUGCAAUACCAGGCGUGUAUAACCCACUCGAUCAUUCGCCUCGUGACCCGUAGCGGUCGCCCCCAAGCCCUGACCAUACGGCAGGCCCGGCCUAUCACCAGAAUGGUGAGGAAAAUCCCCAGGAUUGGAUGGUGGCGCCCUCCAAAGAGGUCCGCGAGCAGGCCCGGUCAUAUGCUAUGCCGAACAUUAUCAAGGCCGCCUUCAAGGUUAAAGAACCAAGUGUUUUCGGAGGGACGGGGAAUCAUAGCUAGUUCAGACUACGAGCACCUAUACUCCCGAAGUAUAUUGAGCAACGAGUGUACGGCGCCAAACGCUACCAUUUCUAGCGCCGGCUGGGUAUGGUGGAUGGCGAACGGUACAGAUCACGGGAAGGCGGCUAUCUCUAUUACAAUCGGGGGCACUAUCUUUAAAUGGGUGGGGAUCCGAGCUCGUUAUUAUGGAGCGGGAUUAGCUCAGCGCAACGGCUUUUCGUCCAAGGCGUACAUGCAGGCUCUAGGGAAAGCCCUGCUACCAGUGUACACUCCUAGCACACGUUUCCCCAGCAAGAUAGCGCCAGAGUUCAUUUAUCCAAUGCCACUACAGAGUGGCUGGAACUCUGCGGCAUCUGGGCUAUCGACUGGCCCGCCUCUAGUCCUCGUUAGUCGUUAAUCAAGCAUAUGCGGCGCUAUAUGAAAGCGUGUCUAUAGAAAGCACCCUGACGUAUACCUUCCGCAGGACAACGAGGCUGACAGGUAGACGACCGUGAAAGACGGCAUCCGGGCGGCGUGGCGGGCUGUCCCACGGGCCAUUACUGACGAACUGACCAACUCGGUGCCUCACUCGGGCAUGAGCUUCGUCGCGUACGUUGGUUGCUAUACAUAAAAUCAAAGAGAAGAAGUCGCGCAGUGGGAUGCAUUUUUUAUGAUCGAAUUUGGCUAGUAA